GGCUGGCUCAGUAAAGCUGAGGCAGCGGGGGAAGAUGGCGGCGGCUGUACCGCAGCGGGCGUGGACCGUGGAGCAGCUGCGCAGCGAGCAGCUAUCCAAGAAGGACAUUAUCAAGUUUCUACGGGACCACGGUUCAGAUUCGUUUCUUGCAGAACAUAAGUUAUUAGGAAACAUUAAAAAUGUGGCCAAGACAGCUAACAAGGACCAUUUGGUUACAGCCUACAACCAUCUUUUUGAAAGUAAACGUUUCAAGGGUACUGAAAGUAUAAGUAAAGUGUCUGAGCAGGUGAAAAAUGUGAAGCUUAAUGAAGAUAAACCCAAAGAAACCAAGUCUGAAGAGACUCUGGAUGAGGGUCCACCAAAAUAUAUAAAAUCUGUUCUUAAAAAAGGAGAUAAAACCAACUUUCCCAAAAAGGGAGAUGUUGUUCACUGCUGGUAUACAGGAACACUACAGGAUGGGACUGUUUUUGAUACUAAUACUCAAACGAGUUCAAAGAAGAAGAAAAAUGCCAAGCCUUUAAGUUUUAAGGUUGGAAUAGGCAAAGUUAUCAGAGGAUGGGAUGAAGCACUCUUAACUAUGAGUAAAGGAGAAAAGGCUCGACUAGAGAUUGAACCAGAAUGGGCUUAUGGAAAGAAAGGACAGCCUGAUGCCAAAAUUCCACCAAAUGCAAAACUCAUUUUUGAAGUGGAGUUAGUGGAUAUUGACUGAAAUAGCAAUGCUUCGGAUAUAAAGACAUCAGCAACAAUAAAACACGGCCUUGAAGAAACUUAUAUAACUAAUUAGAGCUGGUUACUAUUGUUAAGGGAAGAGUCAACUGGAAAAUUCAAGAACUCCGAUAUUGUUUACCCAAUCCCCAACUUUUAAUAUAUGUAAUCCAUUAUAAUUCCCUAAAGUUUGAAAUAUUUUACUACAGCUGUGUAAAAUAUUGGUUAAGAGAAAUGACUUUCCUUUUACCUCCUCUUGUAAACUAAAAGGCUCAAUAAAAACAUAUUCAAUGUCAAAAAAA